ACGAUUUAUGCUGUAAAUAGGCAAAUAUAAUUUAUAAUAUUAUUAUUAAAGCAAAAUGGCCAUUCAACCCAAUCGAAGAAAGAGAAGGCACGAGGAGACAACUGCUGAGCAAGAGGAUGAAGGUGAAGUGGAGGUGCCCAAAAAACUGGCCAAGGAGUCCGACACACCGAAGAAAAAGAAAAAGAAGGAUAAAACUAAGGAAUCAUUCGAUGAAUCCACGCUGGAAAGCACUGAAACCGAUCCUGCUGACUCCACUCCAUCAAAGAAGAAGUCUAAAAAGACAAAGACAUCCGACACAAGUGUAGAACAACAGGUGGAAGUGGAGAUGGCUGAGGAUGAAAUAAGUCGCGAUUCCGGGAUUGAUCCCGAAGAAUCCCGCAUACACUUUCCCAACGACUUUAAGAUGAUGCACUUUCGAACCAAGCUUCGCGGCAAUAACUUCAUAACAGAACUGCGACACUUCCUGCACAUGUGCUCAACCACGCGUCCUAAGCUUGCGGCUAAGUACAUAGAAAAGCGUGGAAAGCCCUUGGAGUUAGCAGAAGCAUUCGAAAGGAUCGAUAAGACUAAUUUAUUUCACGUGGACUACCUCACAGAGGCUUUGCACCGAGUUUUGAUGGAAAUACUUACCAACCAGAAGAGCCACAUGGAGUCGGCUGUCCACGGGUGUAGAUAUUUUCUCAAGGUUCACGGAGGAGUGCUCGAAAAUCAAAUGAAAUCAAUGCAGCUAGGCCAUCGGCGUAAUGCCCUAAAACUGCUCACCGCUAUUGUGUGCGUGGAGCCUCAAUUGGCCCGCCAAGUUCUGAAUUCGUAUGAUGUGCUUUCCAACGUGACUGUGACGCAGAAAUUGCUGUCCCAUGAAAAAAGUGAAUACCAAUGCGAGGAUACAGUGCGCAAAGCGUUUAUUCUCUUUAUUUUGGCCUUCCUGGUCGAGGGCAAUACUCUACUUAUCCGGAACAUCCUGGAUCGAGGGCAACUAAUUGGUGUGCUGGCCAAGGGAUUGGUUUACGAUGACCACGUAACCGUCUGCGUGGUGCUUAACGCACUACGGCAAUAUGUGCUGGAGAACCCCGAAAUACAGAAGACCAAAAAGGUUCUGGUUUUCGAUUUAGAGUGCUGCAAAAAUCUGCGUCGCCUCUACGAUUGGGAGGGACCCAUGGGACUCAAGGUGAUGUUUGCUAAAUCGAAACAUGUUUCUAAGAUACCUCCAAACCCACAGGAGGCGGAAGCGGUAUCGGCUGCCGUUCACGAACUCCUGCUAGUCCUUUUGACUUCCCGCAAGCACGGCAUCUGCUUUGAUGCGAUGACGCACUACCGCCAAAAGCAAAACAAACUGCAGGGCAGAUUACUUGGCUCUCUAUUCAAGCCCUACGAUAAUCCGCGCAAAGUGGAUUUGGUUAUUCAAACACUAACUGCUUGUCCAGACUUGGGACGCAAUACAGUGAGGAAUUGUUCCUCUCUGCUCAGUCCGGUCAAAACCAAGCCGAAAGAUUUGCCCAUAGCUGUGGCGUUUCUCGCCCAAAUCAUUAAUGCAGUCCCGCCCAGUGCUCUAUCAGCAGCAUUCGAUAAGAUGACCCUAACGGAUUUCUCAUUUUGGAUCAAGGAGCUGUGUUUGCCCAUCGAAGCUUUGCUUCACAUUACGGGUAAGAAGUACCUGAGCGAUCCAGACUUCAAUUUGAGAUUGGCUGUACUGCGUCUGCUGCUUUCCAUGAUGAAACAGUACAGCAACUAUAUGAAUGCCAUUGCUGUCCGAGAGCAAUCAAAAAAAGCCGGCAACUCGCUGCGUAAAUUUAAGUUCGAUUUACUUAACCAUCUGCUGGUGCAUUUUCCCACUAUCGAGUCCAUCCUAUAUUCGCUUUACAUGUUCAUCAAACAGAAAAACGUGGAAGGAGUGAAUGUACUUGAGAGUUUAUCAAUCACUUUAGAUCUGGUGAUGCUACUCUGCAAGGAGAAUCGAGCGUUUGUGAAUAAGACAAGUCAGAUUCUGGAUUAUUUGGAUGUGUUGCGACCCCUAUACGAAACUGAUUUUGACAAACUGAAUCAACCGGAAGAGCUCUUGAAGAUUCAAUUAGAACUGAAGUCGAUUAAAACCAUCCUGCUGCUCUUUCCGCACUCCUUGAACCCAACCCAACCGCUUUUCGGGAACGUAUUCAAAUCAUUCAUAAAAGCCUACAUGUUGGAGGAAAAAUCAAUCAAAUCGGAGUCUGGAAACAUAUUGAGUCGGCUGUUCCAAAACACAGGGAUGUUUGACUCCUGCAGGCAUGAGAUCAAUAUCUGGAUAGAGGCCCUUAUUGGAUUCGGUCCCGCUACGGUGACCAACGUAGUAGAGAUUCUGCUGACCAUACUCUGUUUGGAUUGGAGACAGAUUGAGCUUCCUGAACAAAGCGUUACGGAUACUGCCAUAAUCACCAAGAACCUGAGCAAAUUGUUUGCUCAAAUUGAGCAAGGUCAAACAGUGCAAGCUUAUGUGGAAACUCUUACCCUUAGCAAGAUGAUGCCGCUGUUGCUAAAGGGUGUAGAAUUGGAGGAACCAUACGACGAAUAUGUGGAGCUAGUAUUUGUUCUGCUUUUCCACUAUCACAGCAAGCCGGAAAUAGUGCUGCAAAUGUACGAGGAUAACUUAAGCAAGCACACUAACUAUAUGAAGAGUUGGCUGCCUGGUGAAGGAAAUGGUAAACCAAAGAAACUUCCCCACCUUAUAUUUGAUAAAUGGCCCUUGCUUAAGCAAAUGCGAAAGGUUAGCACCGAAAGUGAAAACAUGUCAUUCGAGCAGGUAUUUAAAAUGGAUGAUACGGAAAACAACUUCGAGCUACAACUAGAAGAGGGCCAGACAAUGUUGUUGCAUUCCUCCCUCGGAAAUCCACGUCGCAAUAUGAUCUACGUCCAGGAUUUGCUUUUCGUUUUUAGCCAUUUCUUCACCAGCCAGAAAUUAAGCAAACCUCAAGCAGAGCUGACAGCAGAUUUUCUUAUUAAAUUCCUUCAAAUUGCCAGUCAGGUAGAUGGGCCAGAAGAAGUUCAGGAGUCGGAUGAUGAGCAGCAGGACGAAAAUUUUACUCAAAGUAUGCUGCACUAUAUAUUUAACCAUCGUCUGUGGCAAUUGCACCCCACUGAAUUGCUUAGUGAGACGAGCGAAUCUCGCUUGAACUAUGUUAUCUUCCUCAGGAGAUUAAUGGAGCAUUGCCGCAGCUUGCCUCGAUUCGAGACCUAUACUGCCAACUAUCGCUUGCACUUGAUUAAGACCCUGGAUAUUGCUUUGGAUACACCGGUGGACCAGUUGGGAAAUCAGCAGCAGCUCGACGAGUGUGUGAAAUUGGUGGAUUCAUUUGAAUUCAAUUCUGAUCAAUGCUCUCAAAUGCUGGACUUGCUAACAACCAAAGUGCAAGCAAAGGACUGCAUUCCGAAUGGUAAACCAAAUCAUUACUUUGAUCUACUUCUACGUUUGCUGGGUCGAUUGAACACGUUAAAGGAGCCCAUUGAUUGCGGGAAGUCAUUUAAAUUAAUCCUGACCUUCUACAAGGACUUCGGCGAGCUGAAUGAACAGCAACUGGAACCAUUUGAGUUGGCCGUCUUGGAGUUUUUGCUCAAUUACCAUCAUCACAUGGAUGAGUGCGACAGUGAGUUCUUUGCCUGUUUCUUUACAUCCUCUCGAAAACUCAGCAAAUCCGCCAUUCGUUUGGCCUGCUUGCUGCUCGAGCGCCAGCCCCGAUUAGCUGAAACAUUCGCAGAGUUACUGCCAAGCAAUUUGGAGCAAAAGGAUUUGGUGUACCCCCUCCUGGAUAUUGCUCUGACGAAGAACUAUCAGAUACCUCUACCAGUGCUUCAACGUUGCUAUCAGACCUACAAGAACGGCUUCAUGAAGAGCAUCGAGAAGCCACAGAAGGCUGCCCUAAUUUACCGGGAGCAUUCGGAGGCUAGCGCUCUUCUUAUUGCACUUUGCAUGCCAAAGUCUGAGUGCUUCGAUUACUGCCAGAAACAACUGAAGCUCGAUUCCGUGGAACUUUUCCAGGUGCGAGUCCUGCGUGAGAUUUACUGGCAGGGCUUUGCUGCCGCUAAGGAUGAAAAGCAAAAGGCCACCGUCUUUGUUAAUUAUAUAAACCUUAAUGUUCAACUGUUAGCACUGGAUUUGAAGAAACAGGCUUUGGAUCUGCCUAAGCUAGAGCAAAUCUCGUGGAACUGUUACGAGUGGUGGAAGACGAAUCGGACCGACGAUCUACCCUUGGACUGGAGUCGCUUGCAAAAGAACCCGCAGUGGCUUAACUUUUGCAAGAGUAGCUUAAAGUUGGCCCUUCACCUCGGCGAGGAACGAUUGCCACUUCAGGAUGAAACAAAUGGGCUUGUUCUAAAGCUGAUGGCCUUCCUGUGUGAUGGAAUGUAUGAUGAAUAUAAGGAGGAUGCACAGCAGGAGGAGGAUGCAACACCAACACUUCUAUACGAAAUGAUUUGCACGCACUCCUGCUGUUUUGACCAUCUCUUAGGCAAGCCAAGUGAAACCAAAACGCACAUUUUACACCUAAUGGAGGUGUUGGCCAGAAAGGCUCCUAGUGCCCUGCAAUCUGAUCACAUACCCGUAAUCCUUGGCUCCUAUCAUGCAAAACUGUCACCUGCGGAUCGAUAUGGAUUAGCACUGCUGGAGCACUACGAACGCUUUGACGUGGGCUUGGAUAAGUUUAGACCUUUCAUUUGGGGCGAAAGUGCUGUGGCCCAUUAUGCCCUGAGGGCUGCGGACGAGGAUGUGCGAACCAGGCUGCAACAGCAGGAGACGAAUGUGGCUCAGGUGCUAGCCCUGAUUGUUCGAGAGACUAGCGAGUACACCAUUGAAAAUUUCCCGAUUUGGAGAAGCCUCCAUGCUAGCCAACAACUACCCUCCACGGAGUUUCAAAAUCCUGCUAAGAAAUCCAUGAGCUUUGGCGACAAUCAGUUGGAGCAAAUGGUGGAGCAGGGUCAGCUAGAUUUCCCACAGGAUUUACGACGAAUUUGCCCGAAGCGCGAGACUAUAUACGAGACCUGCUACGAUCCCGCCUUCCUGUUACCCCUGAUGAUGCACUGCUUUGCACCCGAGUCCGUAGUGUGGGCCCGUUGGCCUGUCCAGAAUGGAUUACUGGCGAUCACCUUCUGCGGUCUAUCAUCUCUGGACAAGGACAUGAGACUGGCGGCUGCCAGUUGCCAGCAACGCUAUCGUGCUCAUUUCGAGCUCUCCAAUUUCUACGAGCGUCCGCUGUGGACGCAGGCCUAUGAGAACAUUCAGGCAGGAUUGGCUGAUCUGAGAAACUCCUGGCUGGCACAGAGGAGAACGCAUGGCGGAACGCCUAGAGUUCCUUUGAUUCCUGGCCUGUUUAUCGCUCACAGCUUUAAUUUGAGCACAGAGCCAACGCAUUUGCUGUACAAGCGACUGAUGAUGUAUUUGCGGCUGAAACAGAGCUUCAACUUUCAAACGAUACCCGACUUCAAUGUUUUCUUCUACUCCCAGGAACCAGAGCACCAGCAGUACCGCGAGUUUAUCGUGGAGUUGCUUAGAUGCGGCAUUAAGUGCAGCGCCGACCUUUUCCUGCUGGUAUCCACCAAUACGUUCAAGGUCCUCCUUGGAUUCUACGGCUCCAGUUUGGCCAGUUUGGAAACGAAUCUGCUGCUGCUUUCGGUGCUCUCCACAUGCGUCAAAAUUCCCGGAGCUGUGAAAAUCAUGCUGGAGCACGUAGGCAUCCUGUCCUGGCUGGUGGGCGUAAUCCGCGACACAGAGUUCCAUCAGUUCGAUAUCAUCGAGGGUGUCAUCAGCAUCCUCAACAAUCUGUGGUAUGCCUUGGCCGCGUCCCGUUCGGAACUGACGGAUUACGACCACAUCCAGUUGCGAGUUUACCGUCUGGUGUUGCAGCUACUGCCGCUGCUCUCUCCACGGAUAUCAGUUCCUGGCUUGGGUCGCCUGUUCAACGUUCUGUGGAAAACUGGCUCGGCCUGUGGCCAGCAUCGUGCCGUGUCCGCCACCCAAAUGGAUACCCUGCUGGAGUGCGUUUCACGCCAAUGGCCCGAUCAGCUGGCGAGUGUGCGUUAUGUACGGAGCUUUGGCAGCGCUGGCGCCUGUUCGCGUUCCGAAUACUGCGACUGGCUGGCCAAGGAUCAAAAGCUGGAGACUCCUGCCGUCCUCGCGUUGUCCAGUCUGCGGGAAUAUGUCAUUGACUGGGCGCAAGCGCAUAAAUCGGAGAGUGACGGGGAAACCAAGCUGCUGGUGGAACCAACGGAGUAGCGAUUUUUUAUUGUUUUUGCUUAGGUUAAGCUAUAAAAUUGUGUUAACUGUAUAGGCACUUAAAAUCAUCGAACCAUUAAAUUGUAUGCAAUGAAACGACAAAUCUAAAUCUUAUACUUUUUCCUGUGUAAAUAAUAAUUCAGUGAAAU